GGAACUUCGAGCGUUCGAGGAACAUAAUCGCGAAGAAGGAGACCAUGCACCACCCGCCACGACCCCGCGUCGACCGCAGCCGCAGCACGCCCGACGUCCGCUUCGUCGGCCACGUCGUCCGCGAAGCCCCGCCCUGCGUCAUGCGCUCGUCGACGCUUCCGGCGAUCUCCGAGCCGCUCGAUCCGGUCCAUGUCUUCCUCGGCGGCUCAUGCAACCCCACGCGCUGGCGCCGCGACGUCGCGAUACCGAUGCUAGACGAAGCUGGCGUGUCGUACUACAACCCGCAGGUCGAUGAGUGGCACGAAGGGCUCAUGGACCUCGAGGCGCAAGCCAAAGAGACAGGUACGGUGCUAACCGCACCUAAUGCAUCAACUACUUCUUGUCUAGCCACCAUGGUGUUGUUUGUCAUUGACAACCUCACGCGCGCGAUUGUCUCGAUCAACGAGGCGGCCGAGUACAUGUGCUGCGGCCGGCGGGUCGUGCUCGUCGUCCUGGACAUGGAAGACGGCGUUCACAUCGGCAACAAGGCGCUCACCGAGUACGAGAUCGCCGACUUGAACGCAGCGCGCGCGUGCUUGCGCCAGCACGUUUCGAUGUACCCGCUCGUCAAGCUCUUCAAGUCCCUUGAGGAAGCUGUGACGUACGUCAUCUCGGAAGACCGCCUCGCCCCGCUCACGACCAACAAGGGCAAUUCGCGCGUCCGGCCUAACCGCCUCCGGAAGCGAUCGUCGCUCGUGCUGAGUCAGUGGCCCAAGAAGCCGCUGAAUUCAAAGGUCUUUAUGCGGUCGUGUUCGAGCAGCUCGAUCAUCGAGAGCGGAAGCAGCUCCGAAGACGAAGGCGACGCCGAGUCACCGCCCACCAACCCGGCGCCGGUCAAGGAGUCGAGCCAGCGCUACAUCUACCUCGGCGGGAACCUCCGCCACACGUCAUGGCGCGCAAGUACCGCGAUCCCGAUGCUGCAAAAGGCGCUCGUGCCAUACUACAGUCCCAGCGGCGACUUUCUCUGGGUCGCCAACGGCAUCGAACACAAGUCGGACAAGAACAUGAAGCACUCGGCCGAUCUCAUUUUGAUUGUGAUCCCCAACAACUGCCGGUCGAUCGCGUCGAUGACCGACGCGCUCCUCCUCAUCUGCAGCGAGCGCGCGGUGUUGCUCGUGAUCGAGCCCAUGGUCGAAGGCACUUCGAUGGAAGACGGCACGACGCCCAUCGGCCGCGAGUUCCAGGACCUCCAUCGCGCCCGCGCGUACCUCACCGAGACGGCCCGCCGCCACGACACCCACAUCUUUGACGACGUGGCAUCGGCCAUCGACUUCAUCCUGACCUACCACCACUAAGAUCGUAUUGGUCCGUCAGGGUUUAGGACUAGGUUCUUAAGUGUAGCUUGCUAAAUGCACAGUAUUGGUAGAUACUGUACGGCUUUUCAAACGUUAUCGGUCGC